AAGCGAAAUUAGUUAGUCGCAGACCUUGCUACAGUGCGAGUCAGUGCAGCAUCUCCAGGAUCUCCCUCUCUCACGGCCGAGCAUCGCUCUCCGCUCUCAUAGUGUGGAUUUUCCCCUGAAUUUCGGAAGUGCAUUUUAUUACUUGGAGGCGACUUGUUGAAGAUAAAUUCGGAUUAGAAUUAGUUCCGAAAAGCCACGUUUCGGGCUUGGAAGGAGCGGCCAAACAUGAUGUAGUUUGCCGACAAAUCUGUGCUGCUCUCCUUCUGAACUCGUUACAGAUCGCUCAAUGAUGAUUCGUAACAGAAAAGGUUGCUGGUCAGUGGCGGUGGUUGUGCUGCUGGUCGUCCUGAUCGUCGCCCAGGGUGCGCAGGGGGCCAAGGAGAACAACAAGAAGAAGCGGCCCAAGAAAAACACGUUCAUCGUCAACUCGGCGCCUCUCAACUUCUCAGCCCCCAGCUCGGAGGCGCCGCCGCUCCUCAGCAGCACCUUGGCUUCCAGCAUGGACGCCUCCACCCCUUCGACGCCCCCAACCACUGCUUAUGUGCCCCAGAGCCUUCUGCCGCAGCCCACUAAUUGGAUGAACUUGGUCGAGCCCGAAGGCGAACCUGCUGCACCGGCAAACGGCGGCGGGCCCGGCAGCAGCAACGGCGACACUCCAUUAUGUGCAAAUGUGGUCGGACUGUCAGCGGGACAAAGGAAACUCUGCCAGCUUUACCUGGACCACAUGCCGUGGGUGGGUCGCGGGGCCAGGGCCGGAAUCGCAGAGUGCCAGUGGCAAUUCCGGGACCGCCGCUGGAACUGCUCCACUUUCCAGGACUCGUCGGUCAUGGGCCCUGUCCUCGAUAUAGCGAGCAGAGAAGCGGCCUUCACGCACGCCGUGGGCGCAGCCGGAGUGGUGCACUCGGUGGCCAGGGCCUGCAGGGACGGCUCCCUUUCCUCUUGUGGAUGCUCCAGGGCCAGGAGACCGAGAGACCUGAGGAGGGACUGGAUUUGGGGAGGCUGCGGGGACAACCUGGAAUAUGGAUACAAGUUCACGCAAGGAUUCGUGGACGUGCGGGAGCGCGAGAAGACCCACAAGCGAGGCACCAGGGAGCAGGGCCGCCAACUGAUGAACCUGCACAACAACGAGGCCGGCCGCAGAGCCGUGAUCAAAAAGACAAAAGUGACUUGCAAAUGCCACGGAGUGUCCGGAUCGUGCAGCUUAAUCACGUGCUGGCAUCAAAUCGCCCCCUUCAGAGAAAUAGGCGACUACCUGAAAGACAAGUACGACGGAGCCACCGAGGUUCGGGUGAACAAACGUGGGCGUUUGCAGAUCAAAGACUCAAGAUAUAACAUGCCAACUGCAAAUGAUCUUGUCUACGUGUCCGAGUCACCCAACUAUUGUGUCAAGAAUCUGGCACUUGGAUCCAUGGGGACUCACGGCCGAGUGUGUAAUCGAACGUCGCACGGUCUGGACGGAUGCAACCUGCUUUGCUGCGGUCGAGGCUACAACACCCAGAAGACCACCAUCCGCGAGAGAUGUGACUGCAAAUUCCAUUGGUGUUGCAGUGUUGAAUGUCGCACUUGUACUCGCACGUUAGAUAUUCACACUUGCAAGUAAAAAGCGUUCUUUCUCUCCUCCGUACAUCGUCCCACACAAGCAUUUCCCUAUCAUCGUUUUUCACAUUACAUGUAAUUGUAAUUCUCUUUCAAACAAUUGUAUAAUUUACUUGCUGGAUAGGUUUUACGCGGUAUUUGAUAAAAAAAAACUUCUCAAGUGCUAAUUGUGACCUGAUUAUCCGAUGAAAGGUGUGAACUUCUCGAUAAUUGCUAUAAAACCAACUAAAAUUGGUAAAAGGAUUCUUCACGUAGGUCGAUGCAUGCUGUAAAAUGGAGACUUUUUUUAUUUAUGUACACUACUUGUCUUUUUCCAUAUCAAUGUUUACGUGAGAAUUUUACGUGGAUUGCUCAGUGACAAUGCAUCAUGUACUUAAAAUGUCCAAAAUCCGGAAUUUUGAUUCUCGAUGGACAUGGUAAAAACUAUAUUAUGUACUAUGUGGAUGUGCUCUUUGUGUCAUAUAUUUUGCAUUCGUUUGAUAUAUAUUUAUUACUGCACUCUACUUAAAUGUGUAAAUAUUUUUCUUACUUAUAUACACACUAGCAGCGAUUCUGAAUGUGAUCCCAGUACAUAAUGUAAUAGUUUUUAAAGUUCUCUCUAAAACACUCAGAAUUGCUAGAAUACUGCCAUGCCGGAUGAUUUAAGUAUCACAACAAAAUAAGGCCAGUUGUUUUCUUAAAUCAGUUUAUUUCCCAUCACCUAUUUAUUCACUCAUCACUGGAAGAUAUGAGCUAUUUGAUUUACUUUUAUUUUUAACUUUUGUAAACCAAGAUUUUAUGAAUGUGACUGCUUUUUUAUUUUUAUUGAUGUUAGCACUAAAUUAUUAUGAUAUCGAAACAAUAACUGUAGAGAGAAAAGUAGUUACUUAAAAACUAUCAAUGUACGUAGAGCCAUUAUCACUUGAAGAAAACGAUCAACUUGAUGUGUAUCCGUGUUUAAAUAAAUAUAAAUUCUUAA